AUGGACGCAAUUUUAAACAACAAUGGUGUAUCUCUAGCAAUGAGAUUAUUUCAUUACAUCCCAGCAAUCAUUCCAGCAGCAGUGGCAUUGGCAGUAUAUGGUGUGAUAGCCAUCUACCUGACUAUUCGUAUAUACAUCUCCAAGAGCCCGAAAUUUCUGUACAUUCUUGCAUUCACGGCUCUGAUGGAGGUCAUUGGGUUCGCUGUUCGCAUCCUGUGCCAUUUCUACACUGAUUUGGGAAGAUACAUUGGAAUGACCAUGUUCUUGCUGCUGGCUCCUAAUGCUCUGGCGUUAGUCAAUUACAAAGCAGUGGGUGAAAUCAUUCGUUUGUCGAAUGUAGAAACAACCAGAUUCUACCUUCGUCCUAAAUUUGUUACCUGGUUCUUUUUCAGCAGUGAUAUCUUUUCUUUCUGCUUGCAAGGUGCAGGUGGUGGUUUGCAAUCUACUGUCGAUCACAACCAGGUUGGUAUUGCUGUCACCUUAGUUGGUUUGGCCCUUCAACUCUUCUUUUUUGCGUGCUUUGCUGGUAUCACUUUCUAUGUUCAACGUAAUCCCAAUUAUCAAUACUAUGUAGAGGGACAGCCCAAUGCCAAAAAAAGACUGAUUCUCUGUCUCUAUGUCACCAUCGGAUUAAUCUAUAUUCGUUCUAUUUAUCGUGUUGCCGAGUAUGCUACUGGAUAUGGUGGUCCUAUCGCUAAAUUGGAAUGGGCAUUUUACGUAUUUGACACCAUUGUCAUCUUCCUCAGCUUUAUCGUUUACUGUGUCUUCUUUAUUGGAAAUUAUCUUCCAAAGCACAAUGCUGUUGCCCAAUUACCCACAGAUAACUCCAGCUCAAGUAGUCAAACAGAGAAGGGCGAUGUGGAGACAGGCAGCAAAUUGUAA